CCUCUGUUGUUCUGUAUCUGAGUUAUCACCAGGCUCAGGGCAAAGUCCAGCUGCUGAGUCAAACGCAAGCAGUCCUGAUAUUACAUUACAAUUUGUUACACCUAAACACAACAAGAGACUGACGAGCAUGGAUACCACAUCUUCAUUCCUCAAAUCUGUAACCAAGCGAGUGUGGUCUCCACCACAGCGUCCUUUCAGAGUGUGUUGUCCCAACAGGGAGACCAGGAAGGGCAUCACAGCCGGGACUCUGGAGGAACUGAAAGAGAGGGUAUGCCAGGCUUUGCUGCUGUCCCUGUCUGCAAUGUCUCUGUCUCUGGUUUGUGAGGAGGACGGUACAGAGGUAGACUCCGACGAGUUCCUCAUGUCCCUGCCUGACAACACCAUGCUCAUGGCCCUGCAGCCUGGACAGACGUGGAGACCACAGCCGGGUUCAGUUAUGCCCAGAUCUCAAGACCACAACAAGCCUCGGACAGGGAGAGACAUAGCUCGCAUCACCUUUGACCUUUACAGGAUGAGCCCAAAGGAUGUCUUUGGCUCCCUGAGUGUGAAAGCCACAUUCCAAGGCCUAUACUCUGUGAGCGCUAACUUUCAGUGUCUGGGGCCCAAGAAAGUCCUCAGAGAAGCCCUGCGUGUCGCCUCCACCCUCCUACAUGCUGCUGGACACCUGCUUAUUACUUCCGCCUCCAUGAUCCGCCGCAUUAUCGAAGGCACUGACCUUUGGCAGCCACAGAGGGCAGAGUAUACAGCCAGCUGGAACUGACGGAGCCAAGACCUAUUUAGUGGUAACACAGAGUAACUAGCAUUGGGUAGCCAUGGUAUUGUAUAGUUGUUCUGCCAUUUACUGCCUGAAAAUGGGGGGAAAUACUUUUUUUUUCUGUUAAGGUAGUAUCUGUAACGCUUUAGUAACAAAGAUAGCUUUGUAACAUGAGAAUGAGUGUCAUAGCUAUUAAUAUAGUUUUUCUAUUUUUUGUGCAAUAUAUUCUACAUAAUAUCCUAGAAUUGUACUAUAUUUUUGUUAAUUUGGUGUGGAUUAUGCGUUGGCAGGUGAACUUCUGUUUCUAUCCGUUCUGAGAUUACAGGUGAUUUGAUAUGCAACACUGCUAUCUUUUUUGUAAAAGUUCUCAUUAAUUUGUAGUUUAUGAAUAUUUUGAUGUAACUAAUAAGAAGAGUCAUGUUCGAACAACAAGCAAUGAAUGUUUUUUACUUGAAUGACAAUAAAAAACGUCUGCACAGCA